AUGAAGUCUUUCGCUUUCUCUGCCGCUCUUCUGGCCUCGACUGCUAUGGCUUUACCCGCCAACAUCCCAUCAGGCACCACCGGCUCUUUGCCCUCCGGAGUUCCCUCUUGCCUGCCCUCCGGCGUCAUCCCUUCGGGUAUCCCUCCACCCGUGGCAUCUAUGAUCCCCACUUGCUCCGGUGCCGCCGCAAGCUCCUCGUUCUCCGCCUUGCCCAAUCCUACCGGUGCCGUCUCCCACAUGACCGCGGGCUCCGGUCCCGGCCAGGUCCUUUCCAUCCUCAACCAGGCUGGAACCUCAAACUUCAAGAUGGUGGCGGAGUCUGAGCUCGAGCGCCUGAUGAGCAAGCUGCCCCUCAGCGCUCUCGAGAAGCCCGUUGGCCAGGUCGUCCAAACUGCUGAGUCUGUCGACCAGCUCGACACCAAGAGCGGCUCCGGCCUCACCCAGGUCACCGCUGUCCUCGAGAAUGGCAACGCUGCCCUCAUCGAGCUGACCCAGGGAGUCGUCGAUCUCCUCUCCAGCCUCGGCCUUGGUGAGGUUGGCAGCCUGCUCGGCUCCAUCGUUGGCGGCCUUGAGUCCAUCACCGGCAACAUCAAGCGCGAUGACCCUCUCCAAAACGUUCUCUCUAUCACUGACGUGAACAACCUCGCUGGUGGCAAGGAUCUCCUCGUUCAGGUUGAGCCUACCCUCCUCGGUCUCCUCAGUGGUGUCGACCUCUCCACCAUUGAGGGCCCCGUCGGUAACGUCGUCGCCAUGGCGCCCUCUCUCUCCGAGCUCAAGUCCAAGGUCCCCAAGAUCCCCGGUACUGACUUUAUUGCUGUCAACACCGAGGACAAGUCUUCCAUGCUUUUGGUUAAGGUUGACGGCGCUGUCCAGGGUCUCCUUUCCACUCUUGGCCUCGGCAGCCUCGGCACUGCAGUCGGCUCCAUCGUCUCCUCCGUCAAGAGUGCUCUCUCCCAGUAA